AUGAAAAUUGAGUUUAUCGGAAAAGAGGAGAGAUGUGAGCAAACUGCAAAGGAUUGGAUUUUCAUCAACUAUCGGAAAAUAAAAAAAUCAAUAAUUCCCGGAUAUUUCAAUUUCCUCAACAAAGUGGUCUGUGUGAAAGUGGAAGAAAUAAUCACAAAGUACUUAUGGAAACCUGAAGAGAUGUUCGCUCGAAACCUCCAUAACAUCAUUUACUCGGAUUUAAUUGGCGGGAAUCGCGGAAGUGUCCGCAGACUGAUCGGACUGGAAGAAGUGUGUGAAGGAUGUGUGGAUUGUAUGGAUAUGGCAAAACGAUGUGUGGAGUAUGGACCAUUGAGGUUUCAAGUGCUCAAAGAAGUAAAGAAUCCGAUUCAUUAUAAAAAACUGCAUAUUUCUGAUAAAUUACUUGAAAUUGUCGCCAAUCACUGUACACUGAAAUCGACUACAAAAGAGGAGUGUCUCAAGCAGUUAGAUAGCAUCAUACGACGUUCUAUUUUAUGUGACACACUGCUUCUGUGGAUAUGUGAAACAAAAGAAUACUACGUUAAUGGAGUUCGGGAAAACGCUCACUUCCCAAUGCCACGAGAAGUAUUGGAUGUUAUGAUAAGGAAAUGGAAGGUGAAAACAAUUCGAAUGAAUAUGAUUGGAUGCACAAGUGAGAAGAUAUGCCGUGAAAACUGGAUAGACGGAGGAUACUUCACAAAGAUAAAGUUGGAUGAUCCAUACUGGAAAACGGGUCAAUCCGGUGACUUGAAACUCCAGCAUGUAUCCGUCAAAAUGUCGGAUUCAUACGAUUGUGCUGGUGGCCUAAUGUACAGUAAUCCAGAAACAGGUUACGAGAAAAAUUUCGAGAACUACAUUGCAAAUCUCCGAAGACUAUUCCAAAUGAACAAAAUAUCGAUUGAUUUCAGUCACUGGAGUCAUAAAUACAGUGGUAAUUUGGAAGAAUUCAUGAAGAAUAUAUUGAGAGUAAUUCAACUGGAGAAACAACGGAAACUCGAAGUGAAUAUUCAGUUUUUCACCGAGAUUUGCAGUUUUAAAGUGGGAAAUUCUGAAGAAUUGGCUGGAAUUCCAUCAGAAUACUCAUUGCUCAGUGAUCGAGUGGAAUGUAUCCGCAUGUUUGUUCCUUUCGAAAUUGUCGAAAGUGGUCCAGAGAGAUUGAAUAUGAUUAAAUGGGUUGGGAGACAAUUUCAGGUCAAGGAUAUGGAUAAUCAUUUCACACUCAACUUGAAUAUUUAUGUGAAGGAAACAGAGUUGAGGGAGUUGGAUAAGGGACUGAUGGAGAAACAUCCGAAUAGCUUGAUUGGAGUGUUCUUGAUUGUGGUAACAUAA